AAUUCCCAGAGACUUCAGCUUCACGGCGUUUCUCGUUUUACCCGCUCUCUCCUUGAGCUGGCUGGGCAUCGGCUGGCUGGCAGGCCCACGGCGACGACGUGAUCCGUCGUGACCGGGCACAAAGCUUCCUCAGUGGCAUGUUUCUCUGCCCCUUCAGUUAUCCCCUUUACAGGCCGUCGCGGCUGGCCUGAGCGGUGACCUGGCGGGCCGCGCCUGCGCGCUGCCCCGUUUCCUGCCUGGCUGGUGGCGGCGGCCAUUUUGUUCAUCCUCCUCCUCCUCCUGCUCCCCCUGGUAGGAGCGCAGUGUCCGGCGCGGGCUGGGGGGAGCGAGCCCGAGAGCAGAGUUCGGUGCCUUUUCCUCUGUCCCCAGCCGGUGCCCGGAGUCCCCCUCCCCUUCCUCCCCACCCCCUCCCUUCCCCAGCCCUGCCCUCCCCCUUGUCCCGGGAUCUCUCCGUCGCACCCACCAUGAUGGAAGACGACGGACAGCCCCGGACUCUAUACGUAGGUAACCUCUCCAGAGAUGUAACCGAAGUCCUUAUACUUCAAUUAUUCAGUCAAAUUGGACCCUGUAAAAGCUGUAAAAUGAUAACUGAGCAACCCGAUAGCAGAAGGGUCAACUCUUCUGUUGGAUUUUCUGUUUUGCAGCAUACAAGCAAUGACCCAUAUUGCUUUGUGGAAUUUUAUGAACACAGAGAUGCAGCUGCUGCAUUAGCUGCUAUGAAUGGGAGAAAAAUUUUGGGAAAGGAGGUCAAAGUAAACUGGGCAACAACACCAAGUAGCCAGAAAAAAGAUACUUCCAAUCACUUCCAUGUGUUUGUUGGGGAUUUGAGUCCAGAAAUUACAACAGAAGAUAUCAAAUCAGCAUUUGCCCCCUUUGGUAAAAUAUCGGAUGCCCGGGUAGUCAAAGACAUGGCAACUGGAAAAUCCAAAGGCUAUGGUUUUGUAUCUUUUUAUAACAAACUGGAUGCAGAAAAUGCAAUUGUGCAUAUGGGAGGUCAGUGGUUGGGUGGUCGUCAGAUCCGAACCAAUUGGGCCACACGUAAACCACCUGCACCUAAAAGUACACAAGAAAACAACACUAAGCAGUUGAGAUUUGAAGAUGUAGUAAACCAGUCAAGUCCAAAAAAUUGUACUGUAUACUGUGGAGGAAUUGCUUCUGGGUUAACAGAUCAGCUUAUGAGACAGACAUUUUCACCAUUUGGACAAAUUAUGGAAAUAAGAGUUUUUCCAGAGAAGGGCUAUUCGUUUGUCAGGUUUUCAACCCAUGAAAGUGCAGCCCAUGCCAUUGUUUCAGUGAACGGCACUACAAUUGAAGGACAUGUUGUUAAAUGCUAUUGGGGUAAAGAAUCUCCUGAUAUGACUAAAAACUUCCAACAGGUUGACUAUAGUCAGUGGGGCCAGUGGAGCCAAGUUUAUGGAAACCCACAGCAAUACGGACAGUAUAUGGCAAAUGGGUGGCAAGUACCGCCUUAUGGGGUGUAUGGGCAACCAUGGAAUCAACAAGGAUUUGGAGUAGAUCAAUCACCUUCUGCUGCUUGGAUGGGUGGAUUUGGUGCUCAGCCUCCCCAAGGACAAGCCCCUCCCCCUGUAAUACCUCCUCCUAACCAAGCUGGAUAUGGUAUGGCAAGUUACCAAACACAGUGAGCUCGGACUCUAAACAAAAUUGUAAUUCAUGAUAGGCUUCGGUUUUCCUAUGACACUCUGAAGACAUGAAAGUAGACAUCGGAAAAUGAAAAUAUUUAUUUUAAAAAUUGAAAUGUUUGGAACCUUUAGCACAGCUUUACUUUGGUGAAGGACACAUGUCUUCUAGUUCUGCCUUUUUAAGUUUUUGUUCAUGAUGGAUAUGAACAUGAUUUUUCUUUGUGUACAAAAACUAAAAUAAAGUCAAUAAAGACAAUUCUGACUGCAAAUUUUGAUAUAAUAGGAGAAAUGAAUAAUACAUUUUGAUUAUUAGAUACAAUUCCAUUUUUUAUCUUGCUGAUCAGUAUUUUAUCUCCCCGUGUUUUUAAAAGAGCAAAAAUGGGAGGAUCCUGAAAAACUGGGAAUCACAUAUAAGUUCAUCCUGAAUCUUGAUACUCCCCUCCCCCACCCCAAGGUGGACCACAUUUGAAGUCAGCAGGAAAAAGUAUGAUGUUCAGAAGAAAUGCGUGACUUUGGAGUCACUUUGGAGGAAAUAUUUGCAUUCUCUUUGCCUAAAGAAACUGAAGCCAGACUGACAAAGAAAUUUUGCAACCUAAAUAAGGAACAGCAUUGUCUGAGUUACUUGAGCAAGUGUUGGUGGUCCACAUUAAGACAUUUUUAAAACUUCAUGAAGUGUUGAUUAUUAAAACUAGUAAAUUACAUUUCAUUUUGGGGGGAAGUUCCAAGUAUGGUGUUUGUAUUAAAGUCAGACAGUCAUACUUGUGCUUUUACAUGAAAUUUGAAUGGUAUACAUUGUAAAUAUUGAAGAACUACAGUGUUUAAAAAGCAUGCUUCAACAUAGAAGUAGCAUCAUUGUAAUUAUUUGGGGUAACACUUAACAUACUCCACUGUACUGAAUGCAGUGGAUCGGUAAGAAUGUUGUCGAGUGAUAUUUCCAAGGUUAGCUACUAUGUAAAAUUAAAAUUAUACAAGUUGCUAUAUAGAAAAAGCCUUAAUUUUAAUUUCAUACAAAUCUGUGAUACAUUAGUAUAUUUUAAAAUGUCAUUGGAAUUUUUUUUUUUGUCUUUAUUUGUUAUAUAAAUACCUUGACUCAAAACCUUGUAAACCUAUUUCAGGGUUCGUAUAAGCUGUAUAGUAUAAGGGUUUUUAAACAAUCUUGGGAUGUUUUUUAAAAUUAGCUAUAUUUUGCCCAAGAAUUUUUUUUAAUGAGAUUGCUAAAACAUCUUAUUUAGACAGUUCAGUGUACCAAUUUAUAAUUGGAUAUUGAGUUUAAACAGUACACAGAGUUGUGACUUUUAUUUUUAACUAGUUUUUUUUUUGUUGUUGUUGUUGUUUUCUUUUUUUUCUUUUUGGGAAUGUGCAUGGAAUGAUAUGCCUGAACAGAGGCUGAGUUGUUUGUGUGCAGUUAGUAAAUGAAUUGAUGGGGGAGAUGUAUAAGAUUGAGGAUUGCUUCUGAAGUACCUUUCAGACUAUGUCUAUAAAAACUGCCUCAGAUGUAAAAUAGAUAAAAUCUUAUGUAUAUGAAUUGUAACAGCUAGGGGGUGCAAAUGUUUCAGCAGUGUAUCUGAAAUGUUUUGAAAGCUGGGCACCAAAACGAGAAAAACCCUUUAGAGAUAAGUAGUAAGAUGGCAACUUGUACCCCAAAUUAACAGUUUUUUAAACUUUGAAGACUUACAAUUAGCUUUAAAGUAAUGAUGAUUUUAUAAAUGGGUGACCACAAUAAUUUUGGUAUUACUUUCCUUCUUCCCCUACAUACAAAUAUAGCCAAAUAUAUCCACCAUAAAAAUUCACAGGGUCUGAAGUUCUUCAUCUUUGGGCCAAAUUUUUUAUGGCACUUUCUUUAGUUUAGUUUUAACCGUGAUAGUCAUUAUUUACACUCUUCAGUUAUAAAACUUACCUUGAUUUAUUUUGUUCAUGGUUAGUAUCUGGAGGGUGGGGGGUGGGGAGGUAUUUUUGAAAAAGUUGCUGUAUAUUUUAUGAGAACACACAAGAAAUUAUAUCAUUGCCUCCUAGUUAUAAAUUUCAUGAAUAUAUAUGAAACUCAAAUAAUGAAUGGCUUUUUUUAAUAUCCAGAAAAGCCUAUUAAAUUCUCAGUUUGCCUUUUUUGGUCUGCCAGUAAUUAAGUAGUUUGUUGAGGUAACUAUCAGCUAAAUAUAGAUGACAGUGUUUCCUGGUUACAUACUCUCUAAUAAGACUAUCCAGACUCGAGAUAUAUUGCCAUAGUAAGCAUAUGGCUGAAGUGUCCUUCAUCUUAAUCUGAAAGAAAAGAUUUCAUGAUCAGUUAAUAAGUUAUUUCAUAUGAAAUGAUUUUUGAAAUAUAAAGCUACUUACCCAAAUGAAAUGCUCCAUUUCAAAAUAAAACUGUCAAGGUAUCAUAGACUCAGACUAUUUUAUUAUACGAAAUGAAGUCAGUGCUAUCUUGAUCCAGUUUAAGCCUAAGAAUCGUUGCCUUUUCUCUUCCAUGUUCAUUGAAAACAGCAGCACAGAUUCUUUGGCACAGAAGAAAAUGCUUCUUGUUUCAUACUUAAUUUGUGGUUUAUUUUGGUGAUGUGUUUCUGACUGCCAUCUUUUUUACUCCAAUAAUCUCUCUAUUAGUAUUCCCUCCUCCCCAUGCCAUUCUCUCUUGAUUUUCGUGUCUUCUGGCAGUGAGAGGCUAAAAUGAUUGGCCGAUUUAAGCCAAAGCUGUAAACCACAAUUGAAGUAAGUCUUUCAAUAAAGACUAGACUAUGAUAA